AUGGCCACUGUCGGCACAAAUCGACCCAGUGGCUACGACCACCACCACCACAGUCACCACCAGAACCCCCUCCAAGCCGAUGACGAGUUUUCACUACGACAUAUGAUGGAUGCUGAACCAACGGGCCCCAACGACGGGAGGGAUAUCCUCAGUGGGAGUAAAUCAAUACCAGCGGCAGGCGCUGGGAGUAACAAUAAUGGAGUUGUUGAUAUCACAGCGACGCAGAAGAUGGUGUCGGCCAUGUCGGGCAGUUUAUUAACGUCAUUACUUGUUACGCCCCUCGAUGUCGUUCGCGUGCGACUUCAGUCGCAAAAGGUUCCUCGAUCGACCGUCGAUUUCUCUAAACUCGCAAUUACCACCACCUCGCUCUCCCCCGCCCAAACCGCCGAACUUGGCAUCACAUCCUGCUGCCGCGAGGUCUUCUUCUCUGGCGGUAACGCCGAAUUCUGUCUCGCUGCGCCUAGGAUAGACGGUAUCGUCGCGCCUCCAGCACCCGCCGAAUGUGCCGUUGAAGAGGUCCAACGCCGAACCUUCAGCUCUACUUUCGACGGUCUGCGAAAGAUUGCCCGCAAUGAGGGCGUUACGACUCUCUGGCGAGGGUUAUCGCCCACCCUUGUCAUGGCUGUCCCUUCGAAUAUUAUUUACUUUACCGGUUACGAUUAUUUGCGAUUUAACCCGAAGAGUCCAUUUUCGCAUUUCUCUGAUACCUCGGCACCUUUGACUGCUGGCUCAGCUGCUCGUGUCCUAGCAGCCACCGCUGUGAGCCCUAUUGAACUCGUCAAGACGCGAAUGCAGGCCGCUCAUGGAGCAUCCACGACAAAUCACCUUGUGGAGGCUUUCGAGAGUGUGAAGGAGAUGGUGGGAUCACAUGGAUAUACUGCGCUGUGGAGAGGCUUGACAUUGACCCUUUGGCGAGACGUUCCUUUCUCAGGUCUUUACUGGUGGGGAUAUGAGUCGAUACGAUCACGACUGACAGAUUAUCGUGAGCAACGCCAUGGUCACUCAUUGCCAUUGGAGGAGGACCUGUCCGAAGCAAGGAGACGAUCGCAGGUGCAGGAGAACCACACCGAAACCUUUGUGGAUGCCUUUACAGCUGGUGCUCUGUCCGGAGCUUUCGCAUCUUUCGUCACAACACCUUUCGACGUCGGAAAGACACGAACACAGAUCUACCAAGACAGCUCCAAAAAGGCCAAACAUAGCAGCGCCAGCGCAGUAGCAGCCCCCGAGGAGCGCAGUAUGGUGCGCCUCCUCUGGCACAUCUUCAAGACCGAAGGAGCCUCAGGACUAUGGAAGGGAUGGAUCCCACGAACCCUCAAGGUUGCCCCAGCAUGCGCCAUCAUGAUCAGCAGCUACGAGGUAGGCAAGCGAGCGUUCCGCGGAGUCAACGAGCGACGUCUUCACAGCUCCAACGAUCCCAUCAUGUACACACUCAACUGCGCCGACGGCCUCUCCCUCGGCAGAGACGUAUACGUCCUCGGCAUACACAGGACAUCCGUUGGUCUCGCUUCUAUCUCAUCAGACCAGUUCCUCUCUGUUCUCGACCCAACUCGUCUCUCUGCAGGUCCUCAGCGUCGUCUGCCCACCCAGCACGGCAACUUGACCACAUUGCAGGUGUUUGAUAGCAAUGCUUCAAUUGUGUGUACCGCUGGUGAGAAUGGAACUGUUGGUGUGUGGGAUUUGAGACCAGGUGCGAAUGUUGUGCAGUUUCAAGCUAGUCAAGCUCCUAUUCUAUCCAUGGCUUGCAGUCUUGAUACACAGACUAUCGCCGUAGGAACGGAACUCCAAAACCACACAGCAUCCAUCCAUCUCUGGGACGUGCGCUCAACACCAUCAUCCAAAGCACACUACCAAGAAGUCCACAGUGACGACGUAACAGACCUAUCCUUCAACCCCUCCAACCCAGCUCUUCUCCUCUCCGGCUCAACAGACGGUCUCGUCAACGUGUACGACACCCGCGUUGCAGAUGAAGAUGAUCUCACAGUGCAGACCUGCAACGUCGACGCUUCUAUUCACCGCGCUGCGUGGCUCUCAGCGACAGAAGUAGCUGCUCUCUCUCACGAUGAGCGCUGUGCUCUUUACGAUGUUAGCGAGGAGCGCGCAAACGGUGAUGCUGUACAGGACUUUGGCGAUAUGAGAUCUGUUCUGGGAUGUCAGUACGUCGCUGAUAUCACGCCCAAGAUGGACGGUAGCGGAGCUAUUCUCGGUGUCGGAGCUCAAGAUAAGCAAGGAUUUGAGCUUGUCUUUCUUGCUAAGAACCCCAGUGGUGAGGGAUGGGCGCUGGAUCGGGAGAACAGUGUUGGCUUGCCUGGUGCUCAUGGGGAGGAGAUUGUGAGGUCGUUCUGCUUCUUUGACGAGGCCCAUGUGGUGUAUACUGCCGGUGAGGAUGGAAAUGUCAAGGCUUGGAGGCCCAAUUAA